AUGAACUCUGCCGUUCGGUCGUUACCUGCCCUGCGACUCGUUGCGCCAACCUCGAGACCUACCGUUUGCGCAACGUGUUUGAAUAGAGCUGUUCGAAGCUAUGGGAGCCCUUCUGCCUCUCCCGCAAGGUUCAGUGGGAAUGGCAACGCGAGGUCUCUUCAGCAUGUAGCUCGGUUGAGAAGGGCGGAUGUUGAAGGGCAGUGGGGUACGGGACGGAGCAUGAGGAUGGGCAUGGCGACGGCGGCCGCGGUGGGUGAGGAAGAGAAUAAGGUCGAUGCUACUUAUGGGCCAUUGCAGGAAUAUGAAAGUCGAGUUGAGGCAGGCCUCUUGAGAGACGACGACCACCAGAGAGCCAGCCGAGACUACUCAGAUACCCGCAAACCUGCCAAGGGCCUAUACAUGCACGGAGACGUAGGAUGCGGCAAGACAAUGCUCAUGGAUCUAUUUUACGACACGCUUCCUCCCUCCAUCACCUCGAAGACAAGAAUACAUUUCCAUAACUUCAUGCAAGAUGUUCAUAAGCGGUUGUUCGCUGUGAAAUCGCAGCAGGGCGCAGACGUAGACGGUGUACCGUUCGUGGCAGCUGAUAUAGCCGAGAAGUCAAGCGUGCUUUGCUUCGACGAGUUCCAGUGCACAGAUGUAGCUGAUGCGAUGAUACUGCGGCGUCUACUUGAAUGUCUCAUGUCUCAUGGUGUGGUGCUAGUGACCACCUCCAACAGACACCCUGAUGACCUAUACAAGAACGGAAUCCAGCGCGAAUCAUUCAUACCGUGCAUCCACCUGCUUAAGACAGCGUUGACGGUAAUUAACCUAAACUCGUCCACGGAUUACCGCAAGAUCCCUCGUCCGCCGUCAGGCGUAUACCACCACCCAAUGGAUAUAGCCGCAGACAACCACGCGGAUAAAUGGUUCAGGUACCUAGGCGACUUUGAGAACGAUCCACCUCAUCCCGCCGUACAUGAAGUUUGGGGAAGGGAUGUAUACGUUCCUCAAGCGUCUGGGAAAGCAGCCCGAUUCGCAUUUAACGAGAUCAUUGGCCGUGCUACAAGUGCCGCAGAUUACAUCGAGCUGAUGAACCAUUACAACUCGUUCAUCAUCACAGAUGUUCCUGCCAUGGGCCUGCAUCAGCGAGAUCUAGCCAGACGGUUCAUCACUUUCAUUGACGCAGUGUAUGAGAGCAGGGCGAAACUGGUUCUCACCUCUGCGGUCCCUCUACGAAACCUCUUCCUAUCAGAAGACGAUAUCAAAGAAGCAUCUUCCCAAGACGGUGAUGCUGCGUCUAAUAACGAACUACAGGCCGACAUGCGUAAUCUCAUGGACGAUCUAGGCCUGAGCAUGGACCAGCUUAAAUCAAGCUCGAUAUUCAGCGGUGACGAGGAACGCUUUGCCUUCGCUAGAGCUUUGUCUCGUUUGGCUGAGAUGGAAAGCAAGCAGUGGGUUGAGCGUGGUCUGGGAGUUGGUAUGGAUGAGUUGCAUGGUCAGGAGGAGAAGGCCGCUUGGGAUAAGACGAGAAGUAAGUGGAGAGAGGAUAGCAUGUAA